AUGUCUCAUCCGGAAUAUUUUAAUUACGAAGGGCUGGGGAAAAUUAAUCAACAAAAAUAUAAAUACAGCCAAGCAGUGCGUGUAGGUGAUCGCAUUGAAUGCGCUGGUCAAGGUGGUUGGGACCCACAAACUGGGAUUCUUAAAGAGGAUGUCGAGGCCCAAAUCAACCAAACAUUUAAAAAUGUCGAUUUAGCCUUGAAGACAGCAGGCGGAACGGGAUGGAACCAGGUUUUCAGACUGACCUCGUAUCAUGUUAGCCUGGAUUCUGAAGUUAUGAAAAUUAUGGUUGAGAAUUUCAAAAAGCAUAUACCAGAUCAUGAACCCUUAUGGACUUGUGUCGGAGUUGAAAGGUUAGCACGACCUGAUAUGAAAGUGGAAAUCGAGGCUGCGGCGUACGAUUCUCGAUCGUUGAACUAA